UUCUGCGUCAUCGGGAGGGCGGGGCUGUCGCAGACGUCAUCAACCCGGCACUUGCCAACAUGGAAGGUGGAGACCGAGUCUUCGCCGUGACAGGCCGUGGGUCUGCAGGUUCCGCGGCCGUGACGGCGACCGUGCGGGAGCUCCUGCAGGACGACUGUUACAGUGACUUUUUAAAUGAAGACUUUGAUGUAAAAGCUUAUACUUCUCAAUCUAUUCAUCAAGCUGUAAUUGCUGAGCAACUAGCAAAACUUGCACAGGGGAUCAGUCAGUUGGAUAAAGAGCUACAUUUACAGGUUGUUGCAAGACAUGAAGAUUUAUUGGCGCAAGCAACUGGGAUUGAGUCUUUGGAAGGUGUUCUUCAGAUGAUGCAGACAAGAAUUGGAGCUUUACAGGGAGCUGUUGAUAGGAUGAAAUCAAAAAUUGUUGAGCCAUAUAAUAAAAUAGUAGCCCGUACUGCACAACUAGCAAGACUCCAGGUUGCCUGUGACUUGCUUCGGAGAAUAAUUCGCAUCUUGUUUCUCAGUAAGAGACUCCAGGGACAACUGCAAGGAGGAAGUAGAGAGAUAACCAAAGCUGCUCAGAGUCUCGAUGAACUUGCCGAGUUGGUGCUGUUCCAGCUUCACUGGCUGUGUGCUCUCACCCUGGACAGCGGUUGGCUCAGCAGGGCUGCACUGUUGGAGAAACUGGUGUCUUGCGCUUCCAGCAGCUACAGGUGCCAAUGUGCUCAGCUUCCUCUUCAUGCUGCGUACUGUCACAGCAGCGAUUAUCUUUCUCAAGGAGUAGAUCUUUCUGGAAUAGAAGUAAUAGAGAAUGAUCUGCUCUUUAUUGGAAGAGCACGACUUGAGGUGGAAAAUCAAGCUAAGCGUCUGCUCGAGCACGGUGUGGACACCCAGAAUCCAGCUCAGGUUGGAACAGCCCUUCAGGUUUUCCAUAAUCUCGGAACUUUGAAGGAUACUGUUACCAAUGUUGUGGAUGGUUAUUGUGCUUCUUUGGAAGACAGUAUCAACAAUGCAUUGGAUGUCAAAGUUUUGACUCAGCCUUCCCAGUCAGCUGUGAGAGGAGGUCCUGGGCGAGCUACCAUGCCAACUCCAGGAAACACAGCAGCUUUUCGUGCUUCUCUCUGGACCAAUAUGGAAAAACUUAUGGAUCAUAUCUGUGCUGCAUGUGGACAGGUACAGCAUCUACAAAAAGUAUUAACCAAGAAGAGAGAUCCUGUUUCUCAGAUUUGUUUCAUUGAAGAAAUAGUUAAGGAUGGACAGCCUGAAAUUUUGUACAUGUUUUGGAGUACAGUUACCCAGGCACUUACUUCUCACUUCCAUGCAGCAACAAACUCUUCUAUGUUUUUGAAACAGGCAUUUGAAGGUGAAUACCCUAAAUUAUUACGUCUUUAUAAUGACUUAUGGAAGCGUCUUCAGCAGUACAGUCAAAAUACCCAAGGAAAUUUCAGUACAAGUGGAAUUGCUGAUCUCUAUGUUGACCUCCCACACAUGGAAGACGAUAGACAAGACAUGUUCAUGCUGAAAAAGCCAGACUAUGAUCCAGAAAAGGCUUUGAAAGAUUCACUGCAACCCUAUGAGGCUGCUUAUCUCUCAAAAUCCCUAUCGAGACUCUUCGAUCCCAUCAACUUGGUUUUUCCCCCUGGUGGGCGUAACCCUCCUUCCUCUGAUGAGCUCGAUGGCAUCAUUAAAACCAUAACAAGUGAACUCAAUGUGGCUGCUGUUGAUGCAAACCUCACAUUAGCUGUGUCAAAAAACGUGGCCAAGACCAUACAGCUAUAUGGUGUGAAAUCAGAGCAGCUUCUCUCUACUCAAGGAGAUGCAAGCCAGGUGAUUGGGCCUCUCACUGAAGGACAGAAGAGAAAUGUAGGCGUGGUGAAUUCCCUCUUUAAGUUGCACCAAGCAGUCACAAAGGUGGUCGCCAGUCAGAGUGCCUUCCCGUCAGCUGCUGAGCAAACUAUAAUGUCAGCCCUAAAGACGGUUCACGCUCUUAUGGGGAAUGCCAUCCAGCCCUUACUGACAUCAGUGGCAGAUGCGGUCGAGGCCAUAAUCAUCACCAUGCAUCAGGAAGAUUUCUCUGGGUCAUUACCCAGCUCAGGAAAGCCUGAUGUUCCUUGUUCUCUGUACAUGAAGGAGCUACAAGGUUUCAUUGCCAGAGUUAUGAAUGACUAUUUUAAGCACUUUGAAUGUUUGGAUUUUGUCUUUGACAACACUGAAGCUAUUGCCCAAAGAGCCAUUGAACUUUUUAUCCGUAAUGCCAGUCUCGUAAGACCUCUUGGUGAAGGUGGAAAAAUGCGACUUGCUACUGAUUUUGCGCAGAUGGAGCUGGCUGUGGGUCCACUUUGUAGAAGGGUGUCUGAUUUGGGAAAGUCCUAUCGAAUGCUGAGGUCAUUCAGGCCCCUGCUCUUCCAGACGAGUGAGCACGUGGCUGAUAGUCCGGCCGUGGGGGAUGUGAUUCCAUUCAGCAUCGUCAUUCAGUUUCUGUUCACACGAGCACCCGCUGAGCUCAAGUCCCCCUUCCAGAGGGCAGAGUGGUCCCAUGCACGCUUCUCCCAGUGGCUGGACGAUCAUCCAUCUGAAAAGGACAGGCUCCUCCUUCUCAGGGGAGCCCUGGAAGCUUAUGUUCAAUCAGUGAGAAGCAGAGAAGGCAAAGAAUUUGCACCAGUUUAUCCCAUUAUGGUCCAGCUGCUUCAAAAGGCUAUGUCUACUCUUCAGUGAUGUGCAGUCUCCAUGCACCAACCCAUGUAAAAAGGUGGCAACCAGCAACUAAAGACCAUAGUCAUUUUUGCAUUUCCUAUUGAUCUUUCCUUGUUACUCUAGUUCUUCUACGUUACAAUGCCAUAAUAGAUCAUCACAAACUUUAAAUUGUACGUAUCUGAUUUUCUUCAUAAAGAUACCUACCAUUUUUUUUUCUUUUUCAGAUUUUUGAACAAUGCAAAAUAAUUAUGUGGGUUUUUGUGCCGUUGUGCAAAUGAUUCUAUAUCACUGCUAAAGGGACAAGAACAGCUCACCCUGCUUCCCCAACCAAUGCAGGGAUUUUCAAAUCUCACGCUGGAGUCACACUGCUGGGGAGCUCUGGGUGCACACCUGACAGAGGACUCCAUCCUGAAAGAGACACUGAUGCUGUCAGGUCCAGUGUCCUUCACUUUAAAUGAAGCCAGGGUUUCCUUUAUACUGUGUCAUUUUAUUAGAAACAGGCACUUGGGCUUUGGAACAAGGACAAGUUAAAAAUUAAAAUUUUCUUUUCUACAAAGGUUCUCUAUAAAUAUAAGUCCUUAAUUUUCUAUUGUCUUUACUCCAUUACUAACAUUCUUUAAUUUUUAAAAUCCUACCAGAAACCUAAUUAUAACACCAAUGUUUUCCAUCUGCUGGUCAAAUUUAUUCUUAUAGUUAUACAUAAAUUCAGUCAAUC